AUGUCACCAGGUCUUCUAAACAGCCGGAACCACUGCGACCAAUCGCGGCUGACCCGUUGUGAAAACUUUGCACAAACUUUUCACAAAUUUGCUCACACCAGCGUCCAGAUCGUCGGCGUGCGUCAACCCUUAUGGGUGGCGGUCGGGCGAGGAUGUGCCAACACGGUUUGUGUGGACUGCCACUGCUGCCCUUCGACGUGGCCAAUGUUGACUGAGGACGUGCUGGGUUUUGCGGUGGCACUGACGAUUGAUGGCAAGUGA